GACUUGAAUGUUUGGACUCAAGCUUCGCCCUCUGUAUCUCUCUUCGUUCUUUAUGCAUCUCGUUUCGUUAUCGUUAUCUUAGGAUUUGCCAUUGCAUUGAGUAAUCGCCAGCAAGGCCCACCAGAAUUACUGCAAGGCGGAGCGCCUAUACACGUGCAUAUCGGACGCAUGUAACGUAACGCGUUUGGAUCGUCCUUGACCACUUUCAUUCCAUACCAUAUCGUGUCAAGUCUUCCUACUUCCUCCGUAUCUUGUCGGACAGUUUCCUAUCUGAACUCGCACCUGUCGUUUUCUUCGCUUUCCGCAAUCAUGGUGUCGGCAUUACUUCUGAAUAUUCCUCCGCACUUGCAUAACAAUCGGCCUGCAUCUGCACCCCCUCCCUCAGCUCGUUCCACCUCUCAACCGUCUUCUCCCCCGUCAAUUGACCACCAGACAGUUGCUACUCGAAUACUGAACGAUUCCAAAGGAGUAGUUGGAUCGAAGGACUUACCUGCAGCUGAACCUCUAGAUCUUAUGCCGCAGCUACAGCGGUCUGGUCCAUCCGUCGUGAAGACGAGAACAGGGAGUGUCUUAUCACGAGGGUUAAUUCUCAAGACAGAUCAUUAUCCUUCAGGACGUGCCCUAGAUCUUGACUUGAACGUUCAUGGGGCACCAAACUUCAGGUCCCCCAGGCAAGGCAAUCUGAACGUGUUUGGAGUCGCUCAGCCAAGAACACAGGGUUUGCGCGGCAUUCUGUCUGUGUUGCGUUGCCGGCCGAAUAUACCGAAUCCGACACAUGUUGUAUGGUUUAGCACUCGUGAAGAGCCGAUAGUGUAUAUCUCUGGUCGACCGUUUGUGUUACGAGAUGCAUCAGACCCUCGCCGUACCUUAAAGCUAUCAGAUCGAGCUGAGAAUCUCGAAGCCAUUGAAUUGCGCUUGAAAGAUGACAUUCUAGCUGAAGCCAACAGGUUCGGAGGGCUGAUACUUACGCACAACGAACUUGCUUCAGACUCCGGUGAUGGUCCUAUUCUUCCUACGUGGACAGCCGUGGACAAUCGCAACGUACGUACAACACGAGAACUGAUGGAGAACAUGCGAAACGACGGGUGGAACGUUGAGUAUCAUCGGAUACCCAUCUCACCGGACCGUCCGAUAGAGGACAACUACCUAGAUGCAUACCUUCGUGUGAUUAAAUGGACUGACCCGUUACAGACCGCUCUGGUGUUCAAUUGUGGCAUGGGCGCGGUACGGACGACCUUUGCUAUGGUCGCAGCAUGCAUUCUUCGACGGAAACAACUCAUGGACAUUGGGAUGGCUGAUCCAUACGUCCCACGAACUCUUAUACGCCGCUCAAUAUCAGGUGUUAGCACGCCGUCCGGAAGUCAAGUUACCGAUACCAGAAUACUUCAAUCCCUAGAGCAAGCUAGCUUACAGCAUGACACGAACAAGUCCUUACUCCGCAUCACAUAUAUCUUACAGCAGUGUCUGGAGACCAGGAGCACACAAAAUGCAAUAGAACUCCUACUGACUCAGCCUGUAUUAUUGGACGACCUGCGGAAGGCUCACAUGGGCAAUUAUAGCGUGGUUCUGAGUUUGCUUGGAUGUCUUGAGAAUGGACCGAUGGCUAAGAAGCUCGUCGACAGGAUCAUUGAUGAUUGUGACCAUGUAACGAAUCUACGCGAGGAUAUCUUCAUCAAUAGGCUGAAGUACUCCCUCACAACUUCGAUGGACGAAGAACAACGGGAGGCUUUCUUAAAUCGAGCAGCGAAGGCUUUGGAGAAAUACUUCUUCAUCAUCGCUUUCACAAGUUACGUUGGGUCACAAGGCGACUUUUCUCAGUCCUUCUCUGAUUGGUUGGAAGCAAGGACGGAGAUCUGGAACCAAAUCACAUUCUUGCGCAAGUCACAUGGAUCAAGACUGAACGUCUUUGCUCCCAUCAACGAUCUCUCGUCACUCUCCAAGUCUAGUGCCGAAGGUGGUUCCCUGGUCGCUGGCCAAAGAAAUGACGUUACUAUUGCUGGUGGACAGAUCCUCGGUGAUGAAUACUCUGAUCACGUUGUGAAGAACCGGAAAGGCAUCAUCUUGCGUGAAGGAACACUGCUGAAAUCCGACCAAUGGCUGAGCAAGUCUCAUCACGUUGCGGACGGCGUGAGAGGUGCAAUUAACUUCCGAAAAAUUCCUGGGACUGCCAUCUAUGCAUUGGGUCAACCCACUCUAGAGGCUAUCGAUGAGGUCGUGGACAAGGUUAAGCAAGCUCAUCCCUCCAGCAAUCGUAUCAUGUGGAUAACCCUCAGAGAGGAACCGAUUGUGUACAUCAACGGAGCUCCUUACUGCUUGCGACGGGAACGGUUUACAUUGCGGAACAUGAAAGAUUACGGCGGUAUCUCGGCUUCCCGGUUGGAGGCCUUAGAGGAACGACUCAAGGACGACGUCAUUGAGGAACUAACAUCAUUCGGAGGAAGGUUGCUGUUACACACAGAGACACCUGAUGGCUCUGUUAUUCCAGUGUGGGAAGAAGUAGACCCAUCGAAUGUACUGGUAUUGAAGGAGGUUAUGGCUCAGCGUCGCCAUUCACAAGGUGGAGCUGAGCUUAACUAUGUUCGCAUUCCGAUCACAGCAGAGAAACCACCCGAUUUCACCGACCUGACAGAGCUAAUUGAUGUGGUGAUACGCAACAAUGCUUCGAACUCGCCCAUUGUGCUCAAUUGCCAGCUGGGACGAGGCAGGAGUACACUCACUUCGGUCAUCAUCGUUCUCAUCCAGCAAUGGCUCAGUAACUGGUCGAAGACACCCUCCAGCCCGAAGGUAGCCUAUCGUGACUUAACGUCCACUUCUAUCACCACUCUUGAUGGCGUGGAUGGUUCACGAAGCGAACGACGACAGUCCUAUCAGGUCAUCAAUAACCUUUUACGGGUGUUCCGCAAAGGGCCAAAGGUGAAGAGCGCCGUUGAUGAUGCUAUUGACAAGUGUGCAGAAGUAUUCAACUUGAGAGAUGCUAUCGAGGAAGCCCGUAUUCGCGCUGAGCAGUCGACUGACGAGAGGCAGAGGCGACUUCAUGCUCAGAAGGGCUUGCAAAACUUGCGACGCUACUUCGAACUCAUCAUAUUUCAGGCAUACUUGCAGUCAAUUGAGCCAGAUACUAUGCAGUCCUUCGAGACCAUAGAGUCAUUUGUACGGAACAGACCAGUCAUCAAAACCUUUGAGAAGGAGCUGCUGGCAGAUGGCGUGAAUGCUCUCAAGCCCUUAGAGCGCGCCCAAGAUAUUGAGGGUAUGGCUGAGCCCGACGAAGUGAAACAAGUCGUCACCAAUCGCUCGGGUACCAUCCUGUCUGCCUCGACGAUACUAAAGAGCGACUUUUUCUCCAAUUUGCAGAAGAUGAGUCUACCUGAGCGUAUCGAAGGGGCUCCGAAUUUCCGACGAGUUCCUCUAAUGCUUCGAUUGGUGCCACCACAUUCACCUUCACCAGGGAAUGGUACGGAUUUCGCCGCAGGGAAUGGUGAAGACGAGAAAUGGGUUUGUGGAUGUGGGAUGCCAACUGUACAGGGCCUGCGCCAAGCUCUAGCUCGGAUUGAUGCCGGUCCAGGCGGAAACAAUCUGGUAUAUUGGACAUCUUUGCGAGAAGAACCUGUCAUUUAUGUUGCUGGGCGUCCACAUGUCUUGCGACUUGUUGAUCGACCACUGGAAAACGUUGAAGCUACUGGAGUGACAACAGCCGUUGUGGAGGCGAUGGAAGAGAACUUUAAGAAAGACAUCCUGCUAGAAGUUCGAGCCGGUAAUGGUCGUAUUCUGCUCCAUGAUGAAGUUGAGGAACGACCAGGUGUCUUCUCCAUCAUUCCGAUCUGGGAGCACGUCUCAGACUCGGAUAUCAUGACCCCGAGAGAUGUUUUUGAUCUCAUGGUAUCUGAAGGUUACCGUGUGGAUUAUGCUCGAGUUGCUGUCACAGACGAGCAGGCCCCACUGCCAGUCGCACUUUCCCAGCUUCUGGAACGUGUAAGGAGUGGUCUAGACAAAGCUGGGGACUUUGUGUUCAACUGCCAAAUGGGUCGUGGGCGUACUACAAGUGGGAUGGUCACUGCAUGUCUUAUUGCAACAGUCACCUACUGGGAUAGCCUGAAAGUUAGCAACACUCCUCCUGAAAUAGCCGUGGAAGAGCAAUACGAUUCCAUAGACGGUCCUUCUGAAGAGGAAGCUUAUCUUCAAGGCGAAUACAAGACUAUUUUGCAUCUCGUUGGCGUACUCAGUCAUGGCAAAAUGGCGAAGCGGAUGACAGAUAGAGCGAUCGACGUCAUGCAAGACGUUCAAAACCUGCGCAAAGCGAUUUACGACUAUAAGCUCAAGAUAGAUGCAUGUGAGAAGGGUAGCGCAAAGCAACGCAAGCUGUUCAACGUCGGGAUCAACUAUCUGUAUCGAUACGGCGCGCUCAUUGUAUUUGCAAAUUAUCUCCUGGAAAUGCGAGAAAAUCCAGGACUUGACUGUUCCUUCCCAGCUUGGUUGAAGGAGCGAAGGGAGAUCACCACUCUUCUGAGCCGGAGGACUCUGGAUUAAUACUCACUUGGAGUAUACUAGCUGUAUUGCUUUUUUAUUGUACGUUGUCCAUGCUAUUCUUUACUUAGUUAAGACGUGUGUAAUUAUCCUCGGUGCUUUCGUAUGGAGAAGACUUUGCCAUAUAUGGUCACUAUCUCCCAAAUAUAGUAAUCAUCUGCUACCACUUGAGCUCAGUC